GAAUUUAUCGAAAAAAAAAAAUAAUGUUUUGACAUUUUCAUGCAUAAUUUAUACACAAAUCGAAUGUAUUAAAUAUCAAAAGGAAACAAAAAUUUCGUUUUGUGAAAUUGUCAUAUUUAAAUCAAACGCAAAAUAAUGAAUCUAUUCAUUCAACAACGUUUUAAUCUUUGAUUCUUGUUUUUCAAAAAUGAUGAAAAUGAAUAAAUUAUCAAUUUCUGUGGCCAUAACGAUCAUAUCGGUGUUGAUCUGUACAAUGGAAAUCAAAUCAACGGCAGCGGUCGAAUUUUUUACCGAUUGUGGUAAUGGUGAAUUCAAAUAUUUCAGUAUGGACGAUUGUCAAAUUGGACAGCAAGAUUGUUUUAUUCCAUUGAAUAAAACAUUCUAUUUACAUUAUAUAGUGAUUGGUAAUCAGAAUUCCAAAGAAAUUAUCGCUAAUAUGACUGUGAUAGCGAAUCAAAUUCGUGAAAAAAGACAAAUAAAUAUGUGUAAACUAGCGCCCGAAAUGGUUACAUGUCCAAUGAUAAAAGGCCAACGAUAUCAAUUUUUUUUGGAAAUGUCUUUAAGUGGUAUAUUCCACAUUGGCGAAAAUAGCCAGAUAUUACCGGUAAAUUUUCUUAUUGAACUUUUUGGCGAUCAUGGACCAAUAGCAUGUGCUGAUAUUAAAUUCGCUGUUACCAAAACCUAAACAACACAAUAUUAUUGUGAAUGAUCUUGAAAAAAUGAUUUUUUUUUAUAUUUUCAAUUUCAAUUUUUUGUUGUUUUUAUUGAAUUAAAUGCCAUUUUA